CUCUGGCUUUGUGGAGCUGCGAGGCUGAGCAGAGAGAAAGUAGCGGCUCUUUGGCAGGGGGGCUGACAACCCCAGCCAUGUGGAGGAGCCUGGGGCUUGCCCUGGCUCUCUGUCUCCUUCCUUAUGGAGGGACAGAGAGCCAGGGGCAAAGCGCUCUCUGUAAGCAGCCUCCAUCCUGGAGCAUAAAGGAUGUAAAUCCAAUGCUGAACUCAAAUGGAUCAGUGACAGUGGUGGCUCUUCUUCAAGCAAGCUGACACCUGUGCAUUAUGCAGGCAUCUAGAUUGGAUGAACUGCGAGUAAAAUUGGAGAAAGAAGGAUAUUUCAACAUCUCCUAUGUUAUUGUUAAUCACCAAGGAAGUGAUUCUCAACUAAAGUAUACACAUCUUAAAGAACAGGUUUCAAAGCAUAUUCCUGUUUACCAACAAGAAGAAAACCAACCAGAUGUCUGGACUCUCCUAAAUGGAAAAAAAGAUGACUUCUUCAUAUAUGACAGAUGUGGCCGCCUUGUAUAUCUUCUUGGUUUGCCUUUUUCCUUCCUAACAUUUCCAUAUGUAGAAGAAGCCAUUAAGAUUGCUUACUGUGAAAAGAAAUGUGGAAAUUGUUCUCUCACGACAUUGGAAGAUGAAGACUUCUGUAAAAAUAUAUCUUUGGCUGCUGUGGGAAAAAACACCAGUGAGUCUCCGCAGCCACAUAAUCACCACCACCAUCAUCAUCGCCAUCACUUUCACCUUGGGCACGGUCACCAGCAACUAGGGAAAAGUCAGCAUUCAGACGAUCGGCAACCAGAUGUGCCAGCUUCUCCUGAGCAUCACCAUGCUCUGGAACAUCAGCACCAACACAAGCACAAGGGCCAACAAAAAGAGGGUAACACAGAGAACUGAGAUAUGCCAGGAAGUGAAAGUUUACAACUUUCUCCUCUACAAAAGAAGCUCUGACGAAAGGGAUGUAUAAAUCAGUUACUCUGAAAGAUGCCCAAAGUUUCAGAAUUGGCUCCUGGUAGCUGAUGCUGACACUGACGACAUCUGAUAUUUGAAAAAACAGGGUCUGCAGUCACCUGACAGUGUAAGGAACAUCUCCCUUCUUUAUGUAGCUGACAGGGACUUUGGGGAGAGGAAAAUGUCAUUGAAUCUUGACAAUGACGUUUGCCUCCAGCUGCCUGACAAACAAGUCAGCAGCAGCCCAUGCCCACAGAAGCUAGCACUAACUGAAGCUGAAAAGAUCAGGCAGAAAUGUGAGAAUGACCUUCAAUCUAAAUAUUUAAAUUAGGUUAUACUCCCCAAGUCAUCCUAGACACAAUUUCAUUUCCAGCAUUGUUUACAAAGUUACCUAAUUAGUGAUCCAAAUACAGGAAUUGGAUUUGUGCAAACAUGGAGAAAUCUCUUGUAUUGGCUUCCAGAUUUUAAAAUUUAUGUCAAAGAAAUAUUGACCCAAAACCAUAUUUUUAUUACAGAGCAACUGAAAGGUGAUUGUAGCAUUUGGUUAAUAUGUCUUUCUUUUUCUUUUUCCAGUAUUCUACUUGCAUUAAUGAGAACAGAAACAUAAACUAUGACCUAGGGGUUCCUGUUGGAUAAUUAGCAAUUUAGAAUGGAGGAAGAACAACAAAGACAUAUUUUCCAUUUUAUCUUAUUUCUCAAAACAAUAUUAUCUUUGUCUUUUAAUCUUACUUUUAAAAUUCAUUAAACCUUUAAAGAAGUGAACUCUCUCUUUUAGCAUUCAGAAAUACUUAAGCAUGAAUAUUUUUCUCACUACAUUUUAAAAUAUCCAUUUAUGCUUUUUUAUAUCUAAGACUCGUAUCUUGAUUUUUUUACUAUCACAUAUGAAUGAAAUCUUUAUAUCUUGUUUCUUUAUCUAGCAUUGAACCACACUGUAAAACUAGAAAGCUGUAAGGGGAAAGAUCAAGGAAAAUUUGAAUUUUGCUGUUGAUUGCUUAGAAAGUAUUUCCAUAGUCAAUGAUGGUUCAAUAGGUAAACUAAAUCCUAUGAACCUGAACUUCUUUAUGGUUAAUACUGUUAAGCUAUUCAAUAGAAUGCAGUAUACAGUUGGCUGAAGUGUGGAUUUGUUUCAAUAAACUCAAUAUAAACAUUUAAAGCUUUUUUGUUUGUUUU